AUGUGGAUUCGUAACUUUUUAAUCGGCCGCUCUCAAGCCGUCCACGUCGGUAACCAACAAUCUGCCGAGGUUGCCGUUAAGAGUGGUGUUCCCCAAGGCUCUGCUCUUGGCCCUACGCUGUUCCUCGUAUACGUCAAUGACUGCGCAAACGAACUGAAUUGCGAUGUCGCAAUGUUUGCCGAUGACAUAAAGAUCUGGAUUACCAUACGAAGCGAAGUUGACGAGGCGCGACUGCAGACAAGUCUGGACCACCUCGAGCAAUGGUCGAAAGACUGGCUUCUACCGUUCAACGUAAACAAGUGUACUUUCCUACGCGUCGGCAGAACCAGUUCUCCUAACCACACCGUCUACCGUCUGACUGGCAAACCACUGCAAGUAGUCGACGCCCAGAAGGACUUGAGUGUAUGGAUCACAACCUCGCUUAAGCCUUCGCUGCAAUGUACAAAGGUGGCCAAGUCGGCGAUGUCCAUGCUAUACCUUGUCAAACGGGCGUUCUCCUCCUUUGAUGAAGACUGCUUCACCAAGGUCUUUCAAACUUUUGUGCGACCGCAUCUGGAGUUUGCUAUCUAA